AAUUUAGUUAAAUUUGCGAAUUAAAAUAUGUCAGGAAGUCGAAUAUUCCGCCGCAAUCGUGCGGUUGGAUACGUCAGCAACAAUAUUCCGGCAGUUACGCGUUAUGUCCAUCGCCGCAAAGAUAAUUUGAUAAUCACAUGCAUUGGCCGCGCUUUUCAAGUGUACACCGCCGGUCAUUUUCGUUUGCUACACAUAAGCGAUGUCCACCCUGACGAAAUUACGUGUCUUGCAGCUGACAAACGCUACAUUUUUACUGCCAGCGACAAGGCCGUCUAUGCCUGGCGUUCAGGAAAACACCUGAAACACUUGUACAAAGGCCACGACAAGGAUGUUCACCUGCUGCUGCCGUUCAGGGAUCACUUGAUCACCGUCGACGAAGGAAAUACUCUGCGCGUUUGGAGCGUUGUCACGGAGGAUAUCUACCUUGAAAUCCCAUUUAAUGAAAAGGAGUUCAAGAUUAGUGCAAUGAUGCAUCCUCCCACGUACAUCAAUAAGAUUUUGCUCGGCAGCUCGCAAGGGACGCUCCAGUUGUGGAAUAUAAAAGACAAUAAGUUGGUUUACACGUUCAAUACAGGAACAUGCAGGGUCACCGCCUUGGAAGCAGCCCCCGUCAUCGAUGUGGCAGGCAUUGGCUUUGUAGACGGCCGUAUUGUCCUCUUGAAUAUGAAGUACGACGAGAUAAUUGUGGAGUUCAAGCAAGAGUGGGGUCCAGUUUUGCAAAUGUCCUUUCGCACCGACGGCAAUUCAAUCCUAGCUACCACCAGCACGAACGGGAACGUCGCCUUCUGGAACCUGGAGGAAAGAAGGGUUGCCAGCCAACUCGUAGCCCAUCACGACAACGUCACGACCGCAAUAUGUCUCCCUAGUGAACCGCUCAUGCUAACCACAUCCCCUGACAAUUCAAUGAAGCUUUGGAUUUUCGACUUACCGGAUGGCGGUGCUCGGUUAUUACGCAUCCGAGAAGGGCACAGCGCGCCGCCACUCUGCAUUCGAUUCCACGGCUCAAAAGGGGAAAAUAUCAUUUCAUCCGGCGAAGAUAGUUCCAUGAGAAUUUUCAGCACAAUAUCCGAGACGUUAAACAAAAGUAUGGGGCGUGCGAGUUACAAUAGGAAGGCUUCGAAAAAGAAAAAUAAAAUGCAAGAAGAUCCCUUGAUUAUGCCUCCCAUUCUUCAUUUUACAACUGAGACAACUCGCGAGAAAGAAUGGGACAACAUUGCAGCUAUUCACGCCGGACUGGUGCAGACGACAACGUGGUCUUUUGACAAAUGCAGAAUGGGACACUUGAAGCUGGUCCCAGAGAAAUUUCACAAUAAAACUAGAACUGAUUUUAUUUCGGAGGCGACGUGCGUUGCUCUGACCCACUGCGGAAAUUUCGUUAUUAUUGGUUAUUCUUCUGGCGACGUAGAACGCUUUAAUAUACAGUCAGGAAUACACCGCGCUUCGUAUGGAAAACCCGCUCAUAAAAGUGCGGUCCGCGGCAUAGCUUGUGACAAUUUGAAUCAAAUGGUGAUAACGGGCGCCAGCGACGGUAUUCUAAAGUUUUGGAAUUUCAGGGAAAAUGUUUCUGAGCCAAUAUCAGAAAUGGACCUGCAUCAAGGAGUAUCCAUGUUCCAUUCACAUCGGGAAAGUGCUAUGCUGUGCAUUGCAUUAGAAGAUUUUACUCUCAAUAUAUUGGAUUGUGAUACAAAAACAGUUGUGAGAAAGUUCGUGGGUCAUACUGGGAAGAUAAAUGACGUUACAUUUAGUCCGGACAGCCGCAGGCUUAUCAGUGCAGCGAUGGAUUCAACGAUUAAAACAUGGGACAUACCAUCUUCGUAUCUGAUUGAUCAUUUUAAGGUUGAACGACCAUGUGUCUCACUCACAAUGUCUCCAACUGGAGAAUUCCUGGCAACAGCGCACGUAGACUAUUUAGGAAUUUACUUGUGGGCAAACAAAAUGCUUUUCAAUCAAAUUUCUCUUCGUUCCAUUGAUCCUUAUGAAGAUGCACCAUAUAUUGAUCUGCCCUCACAUGCUCGCGACCAGGAGGCAAAUAUUGAAGAUGCCAUGGCGGAAAUAAACUUGGGAGAAGGUGACGAGCUUACUCUUAAAUACGAAACUCCCGAACAACUAGACGAUGAACUAGUGACCAUGUCAGAUUUAGCAGCAUCACGUUGGCAAAAUCUCCUCGAUUUGGAUAUUAUCAAGAAGAGAAACAAACCGAAAGCCCCACCAAAAGUCCCGAAGCAAGCUCCAUUUUUCCUACCAACUGUGGCGGGAACCGAAUUCCAAUUUGAUCUUUCUGGAGUUACACAAGAAGAUGAAAAUUCUCGAGUUUUAAUCCCAGAAAAUUUCUCGAACUUGACAAUAUUCGGGAAAAUGUUACAAGAAGCCAUUAACACCGGUGAUCAUCAAAGCUGCGUUGACCAUCUGAAAAAAGUUGGUCCUUCAAUGAUAGAUUUCGAAAUAAAAUCACUUCACCCAGAUGGCGGUGGAAAUUAUAAGAUUAUGUUACAAUUUUUGCGAAUAAUUGUUUUUAUGUUAAACACAAAUAAGGACUUUGAAUUGGCUCAAGCAUAUUUGAGUGUAUUUUUGAAGGUGCAUGGAAGGAGUUUAACGGAGAAUAACGAAAUUAUGGACUAUUUACCUGAAGUUCAAAAAGCUCAAAAUAAAAGUUGGGAUAUUUUGGAGGAGAAACUGCUGUAUGGAUUGGGAGUUGUUAGUGCUUUAAGAAAUUAUGUACGUUAAGGAUUGUAGAUAUAUUUUUUAUUGUUAAUAAAGUAUAUUUUAAAAAUA